AUGGAACUAAUUCCUUUGCAUGCAUUAGAAAAUUAUCUAAGAAAGCUGUCGUACAUAAAUCAUUUAGCAAAUGGCAACAUCGAAUCAAAUGUUUUCAACUAUCCCAAUUUGCAGGACGAUGUUUUCGAUCAGCCCGUUAACAUGAUGGCCCCCGCAAGGAACCCGCAUACGAAGGAUGAAAAGGUCCAGGUGGAAGAGAAGACCCGCUACUCCGGUAUUCCUUACGACUGGCCCUCUAUGGAUUCAUUCUUCAGCAGCGACGACGCCUUGCACGAUUACAACCGCAUCAAAAGACGAGCUAAAGGCACGGGAAAAUUUGAUUCCCUUAACGGACCGAAAAUAAGGGAACGGCCACACCACUACCUAUAUCCUGAGCCGGUUAAGGACAAAAUACUGCAAUUCACAACGACAACGAAAAAGCCGAGCAUACUCCCGGAUCAGAUGAACCCGGGCGUCAUCUUCCGCGUCCGGAUGUCAGACGCAAUACUCCGGAUAAAACAACGGAUGUACGAAGACCCGGAAAGACAUAUAGAAUCUGAUAUUAUUUAUACUAAUUUAAUUAAAAAAGUUAAGCGACGUAAUCGGGUUAAUAAUCGACGUCACAGCCGUCCACGCACUACAACAACCUCGGAAGCAAAUGAGGUGGUAAAAAAUAGUACGACUACAGAAGUGCCCGUAGCACGUCGAGCUGAUCUUUGGGACCUCCAUCAGAAGAGAUCGAAACGCAAACGCUACAAGAAUAAAAAGGACAGAUUGAACUAUGAAACCUACGAACCCUCUGUCAAGGAUUGGGAGUCAACAUUCGUGGAGAUGCCCAAAGAUCUUUACCAGGCUCAUCUCAGACCUGGCGUUAUAUUUAGAAUACAUAUGGCUGAAGCUAUACUUAAAAUGCAGUACAGAAAUUACGGUGAAGACAAGGACGAAUCAGUGAUAGAGGCUGACGUGGAAUACCUUCGGUUGACGAGAAAGGUCAUCAACGAUGAGAUAACCAAGUUUGAGGACCUGAAGUGGUUGAUUGGCUGGUUCAGCAACCGUAGCGAUUUAGUACAAGAGCACAUGUGUAAUACAAGAUAUUAUACUGUCGGCAUCCCGCCAACAAUGUUUACCCACCCGGAGGAAUACAUGAAAAGGGCGUGUUUAUUUGACAAUGUUUACCUGGACCACAUCCCUUACGUGGUGGGGGAGGAUGGCUCGCUGAUGGCGGCGGUCGCACCCCCUGUGCUGCACUGCGACGCAGCGACAUGUACUUCUGUACCCUUCAUCGAUAGCAUGAUGUUCGAGGAAAAACUGGCGCGUAGUAACGUGCGUACGGUGACGCGUUGCCAGGCGAGUUGCCGCGCGCAUUGUCGUAACGACGCGGACUGCCUCAAGCGCUGCAGCGAUAGAUGUUUUAGAGCUGACUAGACGCAAGCAAACUUACAGCGCUGCAGCGAAUACUGCUGCAAUAUUCUAUUCUUGAAUACAGAUGAUUAAAUAUUCUGUCUUUUUUAUAUUCGAAGAACCAAACUUUUAUAGUCUGUAAUUUAAAAAUUAUUAUAUAUACGGAUGGAAAAUAGGCGUUUACUGAGAACAACAAAUCUUUUAAACGCAAUAACUUAUUAUUUCUAAAUCUUUUUACAUGUUCUCAGCUAAGAUUAGG